AUGCCCACCCGGCUUCGCAAUACUGCCGCUGUAGAGGCUGCGCAGGCUUCCCGUCGAUACGAUAUACCCGGCCUUCAGUUCGACGACACUCUGGAAUGGCGCGCCGGUAAACCAAUCGCCGUGGGAGACCUUCUCAAGCGGCUGCAGAAGCUUGCUGGCCAGCUGCGCAAUUAUGAUGUCGAUCAAGUCGACUCACGCGCCUUCACUACCCUUGGGCUCGAUCUCGCAAACCCAAAUCUUCUCGGACAUAAGGACAAGGGUGUAAGAGCAUGGACUGUCUCUUGUAUUGUCGACGUACUCAAGAUCUGCGCUCCCGAUGCGCCGUUCGUCGAGGCGCAACUGAAGGACAUCUUCACAGUCAUCAUCACCUCUAUUCUUCCGGCCCUUGCGGAUCCAACCAACGCAUACAAUGCCCAACACGUCUACAUCCUUAUCUCCCUGGCCGAGUCACAAAGCAUUCUACUGGUGACGGACAUCCCGAACCAUGAAAGUCUGCUUACGUCUCUCUUCACAACGGCAUUCGACAUCGUAGCCGCCUCUGGAAAUAGCGCCUCGGGCGUCGAGGUCUCGAAGAGCGUGGAAUAUCACCUAAAGAACCUCCUGGCUGCAGUCGUCGACGAGGUUACCCUGCCUCCAGAGGUGACGGACAUUAUCAUCUCGCAGUUCAUGCGUGUGGAUGCCCGCAAUCUCGAGGAACAUGGAUCCAAAGGCAAAAAACGAGACUCUCAUGACACCAAGCAGGGGACGCUGCUCCUCAAAGACUACCCUCCAGCAUAUAAUAUGGCCAAGUCGCUCUGCACCACCUGUCCCGAGAAGAUGACAUCCCAAAUCACUCAAUAUUUUGGGACUGUGAUUGUCGACGCAACCAGUGCUCCCACUAUCUCUCGUCCUACCCACAAACGUUCCGCUUCGGAUGCUGAUGGUGACGAUGAAGAAAGAGAGGGUCUAGCAGAUUUGCGGAAAGCCCAUCGUUUACUUCGAGAGUUGUGGCGCGCGUGUCCGGAUGUCCUCUUGAAUGUGAUUCCUCAAGUUGAAGCUGAAUUCUCCGCCGAUGCCGCCUCGCUUCGUCGACUGGCCACUGAAACCGUCGGGGAUAUCACAGCCGGGAUUGGCAUUGCUGGGCUACCUCCGACUGUACCUCUUGAUCCUGCUGCUUACCCCUUACCCUCCAUCGACAAUCCAGGAGAGCCCCCUGUGCAAACCACAAAUCCCCUCCUUACUGCGGCCUCACCCAAGCCUUUUAUGGCGGUCCACGCUGCAGCAUAUCAGGCCUUCCUCGGCCGUCGCAUUGACAAGUCACACAUGGUUCGAGAAGCAUGGGCCAAUGCCGCUGCUCGAAUCCUGCGUACUUCGGCCGGCGGCAUUGGUUUGAAUCCUCAAGAGCUUGAGGACUUGCUUACUGGCUUUGCUCAGAUGCUGCGCGAUCCCGAAGAACAUGUGCGGUUUGCGGCCAUUCGGUCCAUUGACACUUUCACCUAUCAGGGUAUGAUAAAUAUCCUCGGAGCUGAUGGCGGCUUGCUGAAACAGCACACUGUAUUCUUUUCGUUGGCUGAGCGCGUUAUCGAUCGAAAGAAUCACGUCAGAGAGGCUGCUAUUGAAUUGCUCGGCCGGAUUUGGGGUGUCGCUUCUAGCGAUGUCGAGUCAGGCAAUGAGAUUGUCAAGAGCACUAUUGGAGAUAUCCCGAAUCGUAUAUUUGGCGCCUAUUUCACCAACGAGCCGCACGUUCACGCUGUGAUUGACAGAGUUCUCUAUGAAAGUCUAUUGCCGCUCUUUUUCCCACCAUCCAAGGUCCAAGCGUCCCGAGCUGAGAGCCAAAGACAGCGAGGAAGAGACAAGGAGGGUGGCGCACAAGAAGAAUCAAUAUUUGAUCCUGAUGCCGUUAGAGCACGUCGCAUCCUAACACUCGUCCAAAGCUUGGACAUCAGACCACGCGCCGUCUUUUUCAGCCUCCAAAAUCGACAGGUACAAAUGAGCAAAGGUAUGAAGGUAUUUCUGGGGACUUGCGAGGAAUACAAUGGAGGUAUUCUGGAAGACGACUCUACAGAGGCAACCCUUGAGAAGCGUCUCACCCGCAUGAUCGAUCAAAUCUCGAAAAAUUUUCCUGAGCCAUCCGAGGUUUCGACUGACCUCUGGAAAUUCGCAAGGCAGCACAACCGUCGAUGGUAUCAGCUGAUACGCUUUGCCACUGGUCCUGAGCAUGAUUAUCGCACGGUCACCAAAGCUAUCAAGGAGCUUACCAAACGAAUACGCGAAGCUCCCGGGAAUGUUCAAUCACUUCUUGCCACGAUUCAACAGCUCUUAUACCGGUGCGCCUUGCUCGCCUAUAAUCGAAGUCAUGUCCCAACAAUCAUGGCUAUAUCGCGGACUGAUGAGGGCGGCUUGGGUGAGGUAGCUCACGAGGUUCUGAAGGAGAUCUCUGCCCGGAAUCCGGAGGUGCUCAAGUACCAUAUCCAGGCGCUGUGCAAAGAGCUUGAGGAUGAGGCUCCAUCAAGUACAAAACCUGAGCAAGACGGUGCCCCUGACACUCUCAAGGCAUGUGCGGCAUUUGCUCGGAAAUAUCCAUCAGAUAUGCCCAAGGAGCGGAAGUUCCUGACAUCGCUGGCACAAUUUGCUUUGUACUCGAAAUCUCCCCGUGCAGCGAAACACGCCGUGUCUAUCAUUAUGAUGGCUGCUGAUAAGAAAGAAAUGUAUGCUAAAGACCUGCUGUCAAAGGCGCUGGCAGGUCUUGAGUCCGAUAACCCUCAUUUUCUCGCUCGCCUUGCUGCAAUAGCGCAGAUCUGCCUGCUUGCUCCGUCCACGGCAAACGUCGACUCGGACACGAUUCAGAAGCUUUGCCUCUCAAAUAUUCUACUCAAAAAUCAGUCGCCCAGCAAAAAGGAAGACUCGAGUGCGUGGGAUGAUAUAGCAGAUGACGAGACACGAGCGAAAGAACUGGCCCUCAAAAUUUUCGUCAAUCGCUGUCGGUCCCAGGAUGAAACCAAGAAUAACGACGAGUAUACCGCACUGGCAAAACAGGUGUUCAAUCAUCUCAUCACUCUAGUCUACAACGAAGGAGAAAUGACGCCUUCAAAAGAUACACCGCCCGCACAGAAGAACCGGCUCAGACUUGUUGCCGCACAUCUAAUAUUAAAGCUCUGCAGCCACAAGCGGAAGUUCGAAGACUUCAUUGACCCUCAGUCGUUCAUAUCGAUUGUGAUGAUUAUAAUUCAUCCGCCCAAUCCGGUGCGGGCUGGGUUUGUGAAUUCGCUGAAGAAGUAUCUAGGUCUGAACCGCCUCGCUCAUAGGUGGUUCACAGCUCUCUUCCUCCUGGCCUUUGAGCCGGACAUAGAGCUGCGCACAUCGACCAUCAUGUGGAUUCGAGCACGCGUACAAUUCUUCGCCAGGCAGAAGCUUCAGGCAGAUUCAGGAGAUAAGAAAAUGCAUCAGAAUGUAAUGGAGUCCAUAUUUGCACGUCUGCUCAGCCUGUUAGCUCAUCACCCGGAUUUCCCAACUCGGGACAGCGACAGCUUUGACGAAGACUUGCUGGAUUUUGCAAAAUAUAUUGUCUUCUACCUCUGGACUAUCGCCACGGAAGACAACCUCUCACUGAUAUUUCACAUAGCCCAGCGUGUCAAGGGCGCCAGAGACGGUGUUGUUGGUACAGAUGAAGCGAGCGAGCGACUAUAUAUUCUUAGCGAUCUGUCUCAGGCAGUGAUCCGGAAUUACGCCGACAUUAUGCCAGCGCACGCAAAAGGUGUCAAUUUGCUGCAGACAUGGCCUGGCAAAGUGAGCCUUCCUCGGAAUCUGUUCAAGGCACUUCCCAGUCACGAGAAAGCGCAGGAAAUUGCAGAGAGAAAUUAUCUCCCGGAGGACGUUGCCAUCGGACUGGAAAAGAUGAUUCGGAUAUAUAUCAAGGAGCUGAAGAAUGCUAGCCAACCAGUUAAGCGAGCAGUGAUUGCCGAGAGGAAGCGGAAGAGUGAUGCAGCGAUGCUCGACCAUGGCGAGGACGACGGGGGGGAGCGAAAGAAAGUGGCAAAGAAAGCAAAGAAAAGCGCCCUAGCAAUUCGCAAGACCCCCAAACCAAGGCGGAAGGGCUCGGAGCCUGCUAGCAGUCCGGUCUUGCCAUCACGGAAGAGUAACCGUGCUUCCAACGUGGUGUCGUAUGCAGAGUCAGAUUCAGAGGACGGAGACGUGGAAAUGGAGAACACGAUACCUCGGAAAAACAUUCCAACCUCCCGGAGGAAGAGCAAGGGAGAGGAACAAGACUCGGAUCAAGACCUGGAUCAGCAACAUGAUGGCGAGGAAGACGAUGAUGAUGACAGCGAAACUGAGGACGAUGAAGUGCGAGACAAUAACGUCGAGAUGGAAGUCGAAGAGAAAAAUCCUGAUGACGAAAUCCAUGUCGACGAGGAUGAAGAUACUGCUGCCAUCCAUGAAAAUGGGAGUGAAACAGACAAGCAAGAGGGCACAUCCUCGACCCUUGAGGAACAAAAGUACACUGCUGCUAGUAAGGAACGGCAGAGCAAGAAAGUCGCUGCGAAGAAAAAUAUGGCGUCCAAGGAACAGACAGACCCGGCGUCCCGGUCAGGACGGACGAUCCGACAGACGAGGAGUACGAGAACAUAA